CCAACCUCGAGUCCUCACUCGAGCGGCCGCGCUCGCCUCAACGGCAGGCGUGGCAGCGCCAACGGCUGCCUCUAAGGCGUCGACUCCGAAACGUUAUAUGCUCACCGUAUGAAUUUGUCAGAUAAGAACAUCGGAGGCAUCGCAUAAGUCCUCGCCACACCACUAUGCCUACGGUGGCGCAUCGAUGGACCAUGCAUCGAUGCACACGCACCGCGGACCAACCCACCCCCGCCCAACCCCCCCUCUCGCGGGCGGCACCAUGGCGGCACGCGCCCGUCGGCCGUGCAACACCGCCAAACGGACUAUCUGCGACGUUCGCCCUCGUGCGACGUCGACGUCCGGCGGACUCCGGAUGAGGUUUUCGAGCGUGACAGCCAUUGCGGUUAGCUCGCGACUCGACCCUCGGCGCGAGACCCCCUCGAGGGGCUUCCGGAGGGCGCGCCCAGCCUAGGGAGUGGCGCGCUCAGAAGCGUACAAAAUUAUCCGGGGAACGGCAGAAUCCUUUGGUGAGCGGGACGCCGCUGCACCAUUGGGGGCCCUCCCCGCUGGUGGCGUCCGCGAUCGUAUCGCGGCGCCAUUGGUAGGCUCUGCGCGCGCGUUCGCGCUUCGGCGCGGCGCGCGGGCGAGACGACCACCCCCGCCAGCCGGAACUCCCCUUGCGAGUGAAGGCUGGCAACCCCGGCUUCGGCCACCCCCGGCUUCGGCCACCUUCCCUUCCCGUCCAAAGUACCGUUGACCGCUCCCCCAUCACAAUUUCAUCAUUCCCGAGGGCGAGGGUAGGCAAAUGUGGCACGCUUGCGUGCAAGUCAUCGAACCCGCCCCUCAUCUCU